UUACAUACUGUACUGUACCUCACCAGGAGGCGAAGUAGCCUAUUAUACCGUGUUAGAAAUAGCACCAAAUCGGACACCGAAUAGGUAGGUGAGAAUAAAAAAAUACGCCGUAUUUUGAUACACUUGAACCGUACUUUUUUGUUUUCUUGGUUUCUGUAGGCGCUUCGUUCCCCCCUGUCCUCCACUUUUGACAGAACGCCCCGAGCGCACUUUUAAUGAUGCGUAACUGACGCGCGGUCAUCAACGGACAUUCUUCCUGAUGUCACUUCUCAACAUGCGGACCACCUGUUUUAUGGCCGUGAUCUUGUGGCUCACAACUGGUUCAUCUCGUUGUCAAACACCAAUUCCCAAUGUUCACGGAGGGUUAGGUGCAGUUCUGGGGGUGUCCAACGCCAGCGUCCUCCUGCAAGACCCCAGCUCUGAGACACUCUACCUGGGAGCCAGAGGCUCCAUUCUGGCACUGCACACCUCCAACCUCACCUGGAAACACCCAUCAAUUAAGUGGGAGGCAACAGAAGAGGAGAGGAAGUCCUGUAUGGGUAAAGGCAAGAGAGUGGAUGACUGUUAUAACUACAUCUGUCUGCUGGAGGUUCUGAAGGAUGGAAGGAUCUACGUCUGUGGCUCCUACGCCUACAAUCCCAAGUGUGCUUUCAUAGUCAGUCAC